GAGACCGUGUGAGUGCGCAGAGCAGCGCGAGGCGCACCCGAGAAGAAAACCUGUGUUACUGACUGAGGAAGAGGAAAAGAGGAGCGUGCGCUUUGGAGAAGUGCUACACACCUGACUGUGACUACUCCACACACCCCCACAUCCCACCGUCUUGUGGGACCAUGUGGGUUCUGGAUAAAAUCCGCGGCUCGGUGGAGACUGGCGUUCUGAGACAAGGAGAGAACGGAGACAAGAAGGGCGUCACUCCAUCCUACAGCAACGUCCUCACUCCUGACAAGAUCCCAGACUUUUUCAUUCCCCCAAAGCUGGUUAGCACCCCCCCAGAACCUGAGAUCCCAACCUUAAAGCCCAAAGAAGGAUUGCAACCCUCAACUUCAGAGCAAACAAUCAGCAGUGGGAGGAAGAUCAGCAGCCCAAGAAGUCCACGCCUGGUCGCCAAGAUCGCGGGAGACACCAAGAACUUGCUGAAAGCAGCAAACCGUCACAUCAUUCAGAUAGAAAGUGCAGACGAUGUUGUGACUGGAGACACCAAUGCAGACCCCCAGUCACAGACAGCAAUGUCCUUGCCUUAUGUCCCUAAGACUCACACCCCUUAUGGCUUUGUAACUUUAAAGGAGAGCCCCCACACCCGGCGUAAAGAGUCGCUGUUCCACUGUGAGCACACCAGUCCCAUCACUUCGCCAAACACUCAGAGAAAGACCCCGGGGAGAGGAAGUGAAGGGGGGAAUCACCUAAAUCCAGCAGACUUUAACACCUCUCACAUGAAUCCUUAUCGAUACUUCAGUGGUGGAGAGAGCGACACCUGCUCCUCAGCUGAGUCCUCUCCCUUCAGCUCCCCGUUGCUCUCCCGCUCAGCCUCCCUGCUCAAGAUCUUCACUCACGAGACGCAGGCCAAAGUGGUGAAAGCCAAGCGGACAUUUGCUCGCCACAGCUCGCUCUCAACCGAUGAGUGCAGCUCAGCCGAGCCAAGCCCCAAUGUCCAGAGACGGCUCCACAUACCCUCCUUGCACAGUGGUGGCGCAGUGUCAGACAAUAAAAUCCAUCGAGAGCACACUAUCAGCCUGCACAAAGGUGGGAUGCUGAGAAUCAGCGCCAACUAUGAUUCUAGCACCUCCCGUCUACUCAUCCGCAUCCUGGCAGCAGAGAGUCUUUACGACAAGCACGUUGACAUCAAGAGCAUCAACUGCUGCGUGUCCGUCUAUCUGACACCGGGGAAACUUCAGAAGCAAAGGAGCAACAUUAUCAAGAACAGCCGCAACCCGGUCUUCAACGAGGACUUCUUCUUUGACUCGAUUAGUUCGGUGCAGGUGAAAAGCUUGUCCAUGAAGUUCAAGGUGGUCAACAAAGGCACCAGCUUGAAGAGGGACACACUGCUGGGACAGAGAGAGGUGCUGCUGACAAAGCUACUCUCUGGAGUUUAAGUCCACAGGACCUCAAGUUCAAAUACAACUAAAAGGGGGACACUGAAGUUUGAUGUUUGCAUUGUUUUUUAUAGACGCAGCUGUUUUUGUUCCAGUAGAUAACGGAAAAAUAACUUCUAGAGGAUCUCAAGUUCAGAAAAUAAAACGUCUCAGAAGAUGAAUCUGUUGAAAUUCAUGGACAGAUGAAGGACUCAUAGAGGCUGAGGCUUGCCAGGCUCAUUCCCCAUGCAAUGAAAUCUCAUUAAACCAAGCUGGGCAGCCACACAUUAAUUCCACAGAUAAAAGGGUUCGAUUUUUUCUGGACAUAUCUCGCUGCCAGCUUCCUCAGUCAGCUCCUGUUCAAAGAUUGGAGACACCUGUGCAUCGACCUGUCUCCUCCACGUCCUUGCCUGCACUCCGCCAUGUGUGGCAUGGUUUUAUUAUUAAAAUGUGACAUGAAUCCACAGCAGCAGAGAUGUGAUUCUACAUCAGCUUAACCAUGUGUGCAGCACAAAGAUGCUUUUGUGAGACAGUGGGGCUUUGAAGUGGCACUACGUCCUGAUGUGCAAAUUACCCUUUGAUCUUAGUUGCCAUGGCCCGCCUACUACAGGAGAGCAACAGAUUGCCACAAUGGCCACAUUCACAUGCAGAUCAAAAAUAGAAAUAGAACGAGAUUAGUUAUGCAAGUGGGACAAAGUCCUGUGAUUGUAUAAUCUGAAUAUAUUAGUUUUAUUUUGUUCUUACUGACAGAAACUGAAACCCUUGUGAUGUAUAUGUGCUGCAAAAACUUCAAAGUUUAAGUAAAAUUUGAAUCCCAUUUAAGUUAUGAUAAGUUAAAGGUGCCGUAUGGAGUUACAUUCAGUGUUUCUUACCAAAGUGCAUUGAGUGAGCCGAAAAAAAACCCAGAUCAACCCCAAAAAAGCCUUGAGUUCUUCCAAGAGCCACUUUAGGAAAAAAGUUUGAGUUUGUUUUGAUUAAGUAAAGUUUAUUUUUUAAUAUUCUAAUGCUGAUUUUAUUUCACAAUCAAACAUCUUUAAACAAGUUGAAAUCUUUUGGCAACAGGGUUAAAUAUUCUUCUAAAUAUAGAAGUAUUUUCUUAAUGUUUCAUCUAUCUAUAAAAUUAUAGUCCAGGUCUUACAUAAGUGUGAGGUAACUUUAUUUUUAUAAAGUGCACCACAUUAAACCUGACUCGUUGACUUAAAGAAAAAGCUGCAAAGAAGAAUGUUUUUCACUAUAUGAGAGAAUUCCUGUUGAUUUAACAUGUUCUUUAUUCCUGCUUGGUUAAUGACAUCAUGAAUCAUCAUGCAUGCAGCCUCAUAAGGGACCUGUGUGGACGUUUCAGCUGCAGUCUGUCACGCAUGUUUCACCCAGUGUGGGCACCUAGAUUAAAUCUUGUGCAACCAGGCAACAGGCAUUUGCCAAAAUAGGUACAUCAACAUCCUCCCUCUGCAUUCAGAGAUGCAAUGUAACCUCAGUGUUAUUUCUGCAGAUUCUCCAGAACAAAGAACACAGAAGCAUUGACAAUUAUAUUUGUUUUCAGAACAAUAUUUAAUAAUAACAAGAUGCUUCACUCAAAAUCAUUUCGUGAUCAUUAAUUUUUAAAAAUAGCACCUGAAAUGAUGGACUUUAACAAAUGGUAUUUAUGGAAGGGGCAGUGUCAAAGUGCCACAUAGUUAAUUUGUUUAUUCCAAAUGCAGUGAGACAUGAUACAAGGUAGUUAAAAAAGUCAAACUUAAACAUAUUCAUGGAAACAGAAUAAAACAGUCAAUUUAUGCAGCCAGUAUAGGCAGUGGACAAAUACAGUGCUUGUGUGCAUGUAAAUGUAUUAAAUGUUUUCUAUAGACGAGCAGAGCACUGGUGUCACAGUGCAGAGUACCAGCUGUAUGGCAUUGAUAUGUCGACUGGUGUUUGCAUGACACACUCAAAGUUUUAUGAAACCCUAAAGCCUUACUAUAUUUGUACAUAUGUGUGUAUGCAUGUGUGUGACAGAGAAUUGGUCUUAAUAAGCAUGAUACUUUGUCUAAAGUUGUUGAUUUUCUAUGUACAUUUCAUAUUUUGUAAAAUGCCACUGAAUCCUUUGACAUGACUUUAAACAUGUGUUGACUUUAUACUGUAUAUAAUUACAUGUUCUAGUUUCUACACCUGUCGGGGAAACACUCAUUAUGCAGCCAUGUGUGAGAGGUGUGAUGAGAGGCGUGUUAAUUUUAUUAGUUCCAACCUUAACGAAGCCCUGGGGGAAGGAGCAGAAAUGUCAGGAAGGAAAUGAGGAAAUAAGGCAACCAGGAAAGCUAUUUUAUGUGUUUUGACAGCCCUCUGCCGUUUUGCUGUUCUCUGGCGCCGUUUUGAGGAAUUACAAAAAAAUUGCAUGUGACUGCAGCUUCAAGUGCUCAGCAGAGGGAAGCGACAACAAACAGGAGAGCAGUCAAAGUUGUCAGACUGAUGGAGAUUACUGAAGUGUCUCACACUUUGCCUAAAAGCUUCACUUGAACUCUGAGAGAAUUUCUCUCACCUGGCGUUUGUAGCUCACCUGUAGCACUGCUAUUAAUAUGCUCUCUAUACUCUAUAUUCAGUGACCCUGCUGGUUGUUUUUGAGUGAAACUAAGUGAUCUGUUGUAAAACCUGUUGCAGACAUAGUUUGCAGUGCCUGCUUGUAGACUUACGGUAUUUUUUACACAGACCUGUUGUUAACCUUUUCUAAGGUUGCUUCUCGCAUGACUUACAGUAUACACUUCAGUAUUGUCAGUGCUAAAUUUCAGUGGAUCCUUACUGUUUCUUGUUUGGUUACCCGGUGCUCUGAUUGUAAAAGAUGAUUUCAGACGACACAAUGUCUAUAAUGAUGCCAGAAACCUGGAGGUGUGUUCUGCAAAUUGUCAGACUAAUUGUCUUAGCUUUUAUAAUCAACUGUUCUGAUUGUCUUCAUGAAACUUUUCAUUUAAAAAUAAAAAGCAAGGGGAAAAAAUGAUCAUUUAUCUGACUACUUCUGCCUGGUCAGGCUGUGCUGCUCUUAGUUACAGGUGCACCACCAGGGAUUUUAGGCCCACUGAAAAAUAUUAUCACAUUUGGCCCCCGCCUUUUCUUUGACAUUCUUUAUCUGACACAAUCUUACCAAAUUUUACCAAAAAUAUAUCAUAACAAACCAAUUAUUUUAACCAUUAGUUUCUCUCUGCGUCUUAAGGGGUUUUUAAGCCGAGCAGGACAACUACCAUGUUUCUAACAUUCAGUGAUGAAUAUUGUGUCUAGAGGAAAUAAAACCUACAC